AUGGACGCUUCUCGACUUUCUCGAAGCAGCAGUACUUCGUUUACCUCCGUCUUGUCGCCCUUUGAGCCUGCUUCAGUUGCUGUCUCGGCUCACGGAUCGCCUCCUUCGAGCGCUUCUCCCGGCCCUGAUGACAAGGCUUUCAGCGUGGACGGCACUCAAACGCCGCCUCACCAGCUUGGUGUGGUCCUUAUCACUUCUCCCUUCAACUCUGAAGUGACCGUUUCGCUUUCGGUUCCCAUCCGAGACUUCCUGGACCGACACAAUCUCGUUCAAGUCAGGGACGAAUUUGUCAAUCACCUUCGCUCUCUCCUCGCAUCUUCUCCUGGCCAGGAGCCUGCGAUCGAUUCUGUAGCUCUCCUGGUCCAUCUCCUGCUCUACCUCGCAGAGAACCUCUCGUCUGCGGAGCAUCGCCCGCGACAUGCACGCCUCUCCCUCCUCGAGGCUGCGUGGGCCUCUUUUCAUUCUGAGAAUCUCGAUUCGGUGGAUGUUCACACGUUCGCUCGAAGCCUCUCUCCAGAGAAGGCUUCCCUCGUCCUUCGCGCCCAUUUCGAGGCCUACGCGGCUCUUCAACAGUCGGGCAUCUCAGUCGCAAUCCGUGUACCGGCUCUGCUUCAAAGCGUUCAGAAGCGUCAGGCUGGCCUGUACGCUUUGUUUGGGGGCCAGGGCAACAACCACGGCUACUUUUCCGAGCUUCAAACGCUUUUUGAUACCUAUCGUCCGCUCGUGGAGCCCAUUGUAGCUGCCGCGACGGCUCGAUUCAGCCACCUGCUCUCUCGUAUCGAUGCUGCUCGCUCGGGUCCUUAUGCCUUCCAUAGCCAGGGCCUCGACGUCCUAGCUUGGCUGCAGCGUCGCACAGAUCGACCUACUGAGGCUUAUCUGGCCAGUGUACCCAUCAGUGGUCCUCUUCUCAGCCUCACCCAGUUGAUUCAGUUCUACGUGGCGGCAAAGAGCAGCGGCAUGACUGUCCCGCAGUUCCGCUCUCACUUCGAAGCCGUUAGCGGUCACAGUCAAGGCAUUGUCUCGGCUACUGCCAUGGCAAUGGCCAUCGAUGAUGAGCACUACAUCGAGUGCGUCGCCAUGGCCGCUGAAUUCCUCUUCCAGAUCGGCUCCGUCAGUCAGCUAUGCUAUGGCGACAGGACUGUCAGCGACGAAACGUCGAUGGAGUCAGUUGAGGCUGGCUUUGGCCCUCCGUCGUCCAUGCUCGUCAUUAGCGCCCCUAGCCGUGCCUUCAUUGAAGUUCGAGUCGCUCUUUUCAACACCAUCGUCCCCGAGCAUCGUCGCAUACACGCUGCUCUCAUCAAUGCACCCACCACCGCUGUGCUCGCCGGCCAUGCAUCCGACCUGGUCAGUUUCGCUCGAGACGUCUCGGCCAUAUCGGCGCCGGCCAAGCUCGAUCAAGCGCGCAUUCCUUUCUCCAAGCGCAAGCCCAGCCUUCGUCUCAAAUUCCUGCCCAUCAGCCUUCCGUACCACUCGCCUCUGCUUGCUGAUGUCACGCUUUCCCAGGUGCUCGCACCCAUCGAUGCGCAAAAGUGGCAAGCCCAUCCUCUGGCCCUGCCUGUCCACAGCACCACUGAUGGCGCUAACAUGCAGCAGCUGCCAUCCUCCUCGAUUCUUGAUAGCCUGCGCGUACAGAUGUGCACCGCGCCCGUCGAUUGGAUUCAGGCUGUUCAACCAUCUGCUACCAUCACCCAUUUCGUCGAUUUCGGCACUGGUGGAGCUUCCGGCAUUGGCAACAUCACCGCUCGCAACCUGAGUGGACGUGGAUUCAAGGUGCUCACAGUUUCCGGCACGCACAAGGAGAGCGCCGAAUUCUAUCGCCUUGAUCCCACUCCCAACGCUCAGCCUUGGGGCUCCAAAUUCCAGCCGCGCCUACUGCGCACGCCCCAAGGCAAAGUCAUUCUCGAUACGCCCAUGUCCAGGCUGCUCGGCAAACCUCCGAUCAUGGUCGCAGGCAUGACGCCAACCACGGUCCAGGCCUCGCUCAAUGCAGCCACCAUACAAGCCGGAUACCACAUCGAGCUCGCUGGCGGUGGACUACACGAUGAAUCCAAGUUGCGCAGCCGUGUACAGGAGAUUCUGGCAAAGGCCCCGGCCGCCUCCGGUCUCACGCUCAACUCGCUCUACAUCAACCCUCGUCAGUGGAGCUUCCAGCUUCCUGCUUGGCUUCAGCUCAGUCGUGAAGGUGCUCCCAUCGACGGUCUCUGUGUAGCUGCUGGCAUCCCUUCGCCUGACAAAGCUCAAGAGCUACUCACCUCGCUAAAGCAGGCAGGUCUCCGCCACGUCUCGUUCAAGCCAGGCAGUCUGGACGGUAUCAAACAGGUCUGCAAGAUUGCUCAGCAGAAUCCUGGUUUCCCCAUUUUACUGCAGUGGACCGGUGGUCGUGCUGGAGGUCACCACAGUGCCGAGGAUUUCCACGAUCCCAUCAUCCAUUCGUACGAAAUCAUUCGUUCUUGCCCCAACCUCGUCCUCGUCGCCGGCUCAGGGUUCACCUCGGCCGAUUCUUUCUGGCCUUACCUCUCGGGUCAGUGGUCGGUCAAGCGAGGCUUGCCUCCUAUGCCCUUUGAUGGUGUUCUCUUCGGAAGCUGGGCCAUGACAGCCAAAGAGGCAGCCACCUCGCUGCCCGUUAAGCAGCUCAUCGCAUCUACACAGGGCUGCAGUGACAAGGACUGGCAGAAGACGUACGAUGCACCAAUUGGUGGAAUCAUGACCGUCCUCAGCGAAAUGGGCGAGCUGGUUCACCAAGUGGCCAACCGAGCUACUUUGCUUUGGUCUGAACUUGACCGCGACUUGUUCAAGCUCUCCAAGGAUAAGCAGCUCGUAUAUUUGGCCAAGAACAAGGAGCGACUAGUUCAACGUCUCAACGACGACUUCCAGCGGGUCUGGUUUGCUCGUGAUGGACAGGGCAAGAUCCUGUACGAUGUGCAAGACAUGACGUAUGCAGACGUUGCCGAUCGAAUGCUAUCACUUAUGUUCAUCGCUGCACAGGCUAGAUGGAUUGACCUCGGAUACCGCAAUUUGCUUGGUGACUGGUGCCGUCGCAUCGAGGAACGCUUCUCGAAAGCCAGCAAGACGUACCAACUCCAGUCGUAUGCGCAGUUCGACCGCUCACCGGAACUCGAGCUCCAUCGUCUGCUAGACCACUACCCAGAUUGCAAGACCACGCUACUUACCAGCGAGGAUGUCGAGUACUUCCACACCAUGUGCUGGCGUCGAGGUCAGAAGCCACCGCCUUUCAUCACACGACUCGGCGAAGACUUUGGCCACCAGUUCAAGAAGGACUCGCUCUGGCAAUCCGAAGAUCUCGAUGCCGUCGUCGACGCUGACCCUCAACGCGUCUGCAUCCUGCAUGGCCCCGUUGCGGCUUCGGACACAGCUCCCGUCGACCAACCGAUUGCAGAGAUGCUUGGAAGCGUAGAGAAGGGUCUCGUACAACACGUUCUCGACCACUUCUACAAAGGUGAUCUCAACAACGUUCCCGUUGCCGAGUACCUCGACGCUACUGCCACCGGCAGUCCUGCCGUCCGCACAUCUCCGAUUCGAACCGUCUGCUCGAGGAUCAAGAUUGACUCCGGAGAACACGUCGCUGUCUUCUCCGUCAAUUCCUCAGCCGUCAAGAAUCCGGUCGCCUUUUUGGAUUCUGUGGUUGGCGAGCAGCCCAGCUGGAUCCGAGCGCUUGUUCACAGCUCUCGUGUCAGCCUGGGCCGGCAGCUUCGAUCAAACCCCUUGCAGAGACUGCUUGCCCUUCGAGAGGGUCAACUCUUUCAAAUCCACACCUCUGUCGAUGGACACAACGUCAAACGCCUCCAGGUGUACGGCUGCCACCGUAGCUACGGCGAGCAAUCUAACGACUUUUUGGCUGUCGACAUUGUCCGUCGAAGCGAUACCAAAACGUCGUCUGGAGCCGACAUCGACGUCUUCAUCUACGAACAGCGCGGUAGCGAGGCGAUUCCGCUUCUGCUUCAGUUCGAGUACACACCUUCCACGAGUUGUGCUUUGAUUCGAGAAGUCGAGCAUGGCCGCAACGACCGUAUCCGACGAUUCUACUGGAAGAUGUGGUUCGGCGAAGACAUGCCUGCCGAUGCUCAGCUAGACCGUGUAAGCAGUUUCACCACAGAACCUCGCCCAGUCUCUUCGGCUCAGAUUCCAGAUGGUGGCGCUAUCGCAGUAGAUCCAACAAUUUCUGCUGGCUGGGAAGCCAUCAUGAAAACAGUCGUCAGCAGCUGUGAUGCCGAUCUCUUGUCCCUUGUUCACCUUGGACAUGAAUUCCAGACGAUUGGUGGUGCUUUGCCCGUGGCAUCGGGUGACAUCUGCUCGGUCAGAUCCUACGCCUCUUCCAUCACCAAUUCCGAGACCGGAAAGAUCCUCACCGUCAAGGCCACCAUUUCGCGCGUCGAGGCAGCCGGAUCCGAUGCUGUUCCGGUAGUCCAGGUCACUUCGCGCUUUUUCUACAAGGGAAAGUACGCGGAUCACCAUCGCUGCUUCACGGAGACCGACUUUGCAUUUUUGCUCGUCCUCCAGGAUGAAGCUGCUGUGCAAGUUUUCAAGUCAAAGGACUGGCUCGAGCUUGACCAAGGCGUGCAUGAGGUCAAGGUAGGCACCGAACUCAUUCUUCGCGGAACGACAGUGGUACCACGCUACAAGAACGCCAAAGAGAUGCUCGACCUGCGCGUUCAAGGCGCCGUCUUCGUCCGUCAAGGCGUUGAGGAGAACCAGAUUGGCCUCAUCGAGUUCGAUGCGGACGCUCCUCUGUCGUCCGACCCGAUCGUUGCGUAUCUCGAGAGACAUGGGACCAGACUUCAGAACGCAAACGAAUACAGCACGGUGCCCAUCUCGAACGCUUACAAGCUCGCUGAGGGUGUUCUUACCACUCCCAAGACCAACGAGCCGUACUCACGCGCCUCGCUCGACUUCAACCCCAUCCACAUCAACCCGUACUUUGCGAACCUGGCCGAGCUGCCCGCCACCAUUGGCCACGGUAUGUCAACCUUCGCCGAAUGCCAGAAGUGGAUGGACGAAGCCAUGAAGUCAACUGAACCCCACAACAAGACUACCGUGCCAAGCUGCACUGCCUUCAAGGCUGACUUUACAGCGAUGGUGGUGCCUGGCGAUCAGCUCUCCGUGCAGCUCCGUCACAAGGCCAUGAGCGACGGUCAGAAGGUGGUUCAGAUCGACGCAAGCAACCAACGCGGCGAGCUCGUUCUACAAGGCACUGCCCGUUACCAGCAGCCUCGCAGCGUCUAUGUCUUCACUGGACAAGGCUCUCAGGCCAAAGUUAUGGGCAUGGAGCUUUAUCGACAGAGCGCAACGGCACGCGCAAUCUGGGACGAGGCCGAGCAGCAUCUCGCCCAAAGUCUUGGAUUGAGCAUCCUUGAGAUCGUACGCGAAAAUCCAAAGACCAAGACAGUCUACUUUGGAGGUGCUCAAGGCCAAUCGAUCCGCAGGAACUACAUGGCUCUUCAGCAUGAGACGAUUGAUGAGCAAGGCCGCUCGAUUCGAACGCCCAUCUUCCCUUCUAUCCACGCCAAUUCGCGCUCGUACACGUUCGAGUCACCCAAGGGUCUUCUGUUUGCCACUCAGUUCACACAAAUUGCGCUCGUUCUCUUCGAGCUAGCCUACUUCCGACACUUGCAGAAAGAGGGCAUCAUUGUCGAGGACGCCGUCUUUGCAGGUCACUCGCUCGGCGAGUAUGCCGCACUCGCCUCGGUCGCUGGCAUGAUGCGACUCCGUGAUCUGGUCGACGUUGUGUUCUACCGUGGUCUGACCAUGCAGAGCGCAGUGCCUAGAAUCAACGGACGCUCCGACUACGGUAUGGUUGCCGUGGCGCCAAUCAAGGCCUUCCCCAAGAUCAAUGACGUCGAUGCAGCGCUUGCUCAAGUUGUUGACCGCGUCUCUCAAGCGAGUGGACAGCUGCUCCAGACUGUUAACUACAACGUUCGAAGGCAGCAGAGUGUCGUGGCGGGUCACGAAGUGGCACUGGCCGCCUUGUCUCGCGUUCUGGACAAGUGUGGUAGCAAGGCCCUUUCAGUCGCCAACGAAGCCGAACUCGUGGCUGAAGUCACGUCAGCUGUUGAGGCUGCUCAGUCUACAGCCAAGACCUCUGGCAUCGAGCUCAAGCGUGGAAUUGCUACGAUUCCAUUGGCGGGCAUCGACGUUCCCUUCCACUCCAAGUUCCUUAGCAACGGCAUUGAUCCAUUCCGUCGUUUCUUGGACUCGCGUCUCGACAUCGAAACGGUGAGGCCUGAAGCGCUCGUUGGCCGAUACAUUCCCAAUCUUGUCGCUAGGAUCUUUACUCUCGAGCGCGCCUACAUCGAGCACGUGUCCGAAGUCACAAGAUCAGAAGUGCUCGCCAACAUUCUCGCCAACUGGGACGAGGCUCUCCUGGACCGUCGUCGUCUGACUAGGACGCUCGUCAUCGAGCUGCUAGCCUAUCAGUUCGCCUCCCCGGUCCUCUGGAGUCAGACUCAGACGCUUCUGUUCCAAGAUGCCAGCUUCGAGCGUCUCAUCGAGUUCGGUCCUACCCCAACCUUGGUCGGCAUGGCGAGCAAGACGUUGGCAGCCGAUUUCUCCGAGAAGGACCGCAAACUUGGUCUCAAGAGGACUCUUCUUUGCGUUGGCAAGAACGAUGCCGACAUCUUGUACAGUUUCGAAGCCGAGGAGGAAGUCAAUCCCACCGACUCUCCCAAAGCUACACCAGAACCUGCUGUCUCCAAAGCCGCCCUUGCAGCCGCAGCCACCCCGGCUGUCGCGGCAGCUACAACAGCUGUAGCUCAGGUGGCCGCUCCGGCUUUGGACGACGAGCGGCUUGAUCCCCUUCUCACGGUGCGAUCUAUCUUGGCUCAAAAGCAGAAGGUUAAGAUCGCGGAUAUUCCGCCUUCCAAGUCGAUCAAGCAGCUGACGGGAGGCCGCUCUACGCUGCAGAACGAGCUUGUUGGUGAUCUGGGUGCCGAGUUCGUCGAGUUGCCCGAGCGCGCCGAAGAGCUUACACUCGAAGAGCUGGCGGCUGCUCUCCGCCCUGGAUACAGCGGCGAGCUCGGCAAGUACACAAACGGUCUGAUCGCACGACUGUCGGCCUCCAAGCUGCCAGGAUCCUUUGGCCUCACCGCCCUCAAGGCUCACCUUACAGCCAGGUACGGCUUCCAGAGCGGCCGCAUCAGCGCUAUUCUGCUGUACACCUUGACGGAAGAGCCGGCCAAACGCCUCACUGGAGACGCAGAAGCAAUCUCCUGGAUUGAUGGCGUGGCUGCUGUCUACGCCAAAGACACCUCGAUCACGCUUCCGGCUCCAGGUGGCGCAGCAGGCGGAGCUGGCGCCACAGCUGGUGCAACAGCUCUAGUCAGCAGCAAGGAGCUCGUCGCUCUUCAAUCCAAGAUGCAGGCGCUGUCUGAGAAGCAGAUUCAGGUGCUCACAGAACACCUUGGCCUCGAUGCUGACGCAAGCCUUUCGCAGCUCGCCAAACUCUCAACCGAGUCGGCGUCGCUGCACAAGGCUCUUGACAGUGUGUCGGCUGAGCAUGGCGACGCCUACAUCAAAGGCAUCCAGGGUAUCUUUUCUGCUGCCAAAGCAAGGACGUUCAAGAGCUUUUGGAACUGGUCGCGUCAGAACCUGGAGGAGCUCUUUGCUGACAUCCUUCAAGACCGUGUCAGCGACGAUAGUACCCUUCUUGCUCGUAUCAUUCAAGUCUGGAACCAGCUCGACGACGUCGGCAUCUUGGAGCAACAGCUUGACCAGCUGCAGCGAUCCGGGGUUGCCGGAAGUGAUCGGGUGACGUCCCUCUUUGACCCUUUGCUUCGCCAAGCCAAGAGCGGUGCCCUGAAAACUGCGCCUCGCUUCAUCGAUGUCUCAGUGCCCCUUCGACCGAGCACUCGUCUGGAUUCUCGUGGCAACAUUGUCUAUCAGCAAGUCCCACGCGACGGCAUGGAAACCAUCCUGGACUAUGUCACAAGUAUGACCUCGGACAAAGAAUCCAAAGCGAGUGCAGGACAGGCAUCCUCGAAGAGCUUGAUUGGCAGACUCGAGGAUCUUGCUCAGAUUCUCUCGCGCUUGGACGAAGAUCAGACUUCAGAUGUAUCCAUUGGCUCUCGCCCUGCGCUGUGGGCUUGCAAGAAGGUCAACUCGACCUGGUCGCGCGACGAUGACUUGACCGAGAUUUACUUCCGCGGUCUCGCCAAGCUGGCUGAACGAGGCAGCAGCUAUGCCGGACUCGAUGUCCUUCUGACAGGCGUCGGUCAAGGCUCGAUCGCCUUUGAAGUGAUGCGCCGCUUCCUUAGAGGAGGUGCUAGAGUGAUUGUCACCACUUCGACCUUCUCCCCCAAGAAGCUCAGAAUGUACGGAGACACGUAUCGUCACGAUGGCGCUCGCGGGGCUCAGUUGAUUGUCCUGCCUUUCAAUCAGGGCAGCUUCAAGGACACACAGGCCUUGGUCGACCACGUCUACACUUCGAUGGGCAUUGACAUCGAUGUGCUGGUUCCCUUUGCUGCGAUCUCGGAGAACGGACGGAACAUCGACGGCAUCGACGACAAGAGCGAGCUGGCCCACCGCAUCAUGUUGACCAACGUAAUCCGACUCAUGGGCUGCAUCAAAAGCGCUAAAGCUCAGAGAGGCAUCCUUCACCGCCCGACUCAGGUCAUCCUCCCACUCUCGUUUAAUCACGGAGUGCUUGGUGGAGACGGUCUAUAUGGGCCGAGCAAGAUCGGUCUCGAGACGCUGCUCAACACGUUUGAGAGCGAAGACUGGUCCAGGUAUCUUUCAGUGGCCGGCGCUCGAAUCGGAAUGUGCCGAGGCACUGACCUUAUGGCGAGCUCCGAUAUUGUUGCCGAGUCCCUCGAGAGACACUUUGGCUUCCGCACCUUCAGCACCGGAGAGAUGGCGUUCAACUUGCUGGGUCUUGUCGAGCCUGAGUUCGCGUCAGUAAACCAGACUCAGCCCAUCCUGCUCGACUUGACGGGCCGAGCUUCUUCUCUGGCAUCGCCUGGAAAAGCAAUGCGAGACGCUCACCAGGAGUGGCAGCGAAAGUCGGACAUCAAGAAAGCGCUCCUCUCGGAGAACCGUCAUGACUUCAAGACAACGUCGUCCACUCGCGUUACCGAGGAUCACUACCGCCGCGUCGAGAUCGAGCCCCGCAGCUUGCAUCACUUUGCCUACCCUGAACUUAACUCCCAGCAGGUCUGCGACCAGAUUGCGAAGGGCACCUGCCAUUUGGAUCUCGACCAAGUCAUCGUCAUUUCCGGCUUUGCCGAGGUUGGUCCUUGGGGCUCGUCGAGAACACGCUGGGAACGAGAGGUCAGCGAGACGUGGAGCUUAGAAGGACUUGUCGAGAUGGCUUGGCUUACUGGCCACAUCAAACACUUCAACGGUCGUCUCGCCGAUGGCCGCAGCUACAUUGGCUGGGUCGACACCAAGACGGGUGAGCCUGUCGCCGAUGCUCAGAUGCGCGCUCGAUACGCACGACAGGUGGAGCAACAUGCCGGUAUCCGCCUGGUCGAACCGGAACUCAUGCAUGGUUUCGAUCCGGAGCGCAAGGUCAUCCAACAGGAAAUCGAACUCACUCACGACCUUGGACCGCUCGAGAUUUCGGCUGGCGAGGCCGAGCGCUUCCGUCUUGCUCAUGGAGACAAAGCUAUCGUCUGGCAGGACGAGGAAACCAAGUCGUGGUACCUCAGGCUCAAGAAAGGUGCCAGCGUUUUCCUUCCCAAGGCGAGCCGUUUUGACCGUCACGUCGCAGCUCAGAUGCCCACUGGAUGGGACCCCGCUCGCUACGGCAUCCCGAGCGACAUUGUGUCGCAGACCGACGAGACGGCGCUGUAUGCUUUGGUGUGCAUUGCCGAGGCGCUGGUUCAAUCCGGCAUUGACGAUCCUUACGAGCUCUACAAGCACGUUCAUGUCUCGGAGGUGGGCACUUCUCUUGGCUCUGCCAUGGGAGGGUUGCGCUCGCUCGCCAAGAUGUUCAAAGAUCGUAGGCAAGAUGUUGAGGUGCAGAAGGACAUCCUGCAGGAGACUUUCAUCAACACGGUCGCUGGCUGGACCAAUCUGCUGCUCCUCUCAUCUUGCGGUCCCAUCAAGCCCACAGUUGGUGCGUGUGCCACGGCACUGCAGUCGCUCGAUGUUGCUGCCGAGACGAUCCGCUGCGGCAAGGCCAAGAUCAUGAUUGCAGGUGGCUACGAGAGCAUCUCGGAGGAGAGCAUGACCGAGUUUGCCAACAUGAAGGCUACGGCGUCUUCGGAUGAAGCCUUCGCAGCUGGUCUCGCCCCUGAGGAGCUAUCCAAGCCCAUGACGAGCGGCCGUAGCGGCUUCGUCGAGGCGCAAGGUUGCGGUGUACAGAUCGUGAUGAGCGCCGCCACCGCCAUCCGGAUCGGCGCUCCCAUCAACGGCAUCGUUGCUUAUACUCAGACGGCGACUGAUCGACAGGGCAGAUCGAUCCCUGCGCCUGGCAAAGGUGUUCUUGCUGCUACUGUCCCAUUGCAGCGAGCCAUGUCCGGCUGGGGCUUGGACGGCAACGACGUCGGCGUCAUCUCGAUGCACGGUACUUCGACCAAGGCCAAUGACAAGAACGAGUCCAACGUCUACCAUACCAUGCUCGGGAAGCUCGGUCGCGCUGAGGGUCGAGCAGUCCCCGCCAUGGCGCAGAAGUGGCUUUGCGGUCAUGGCAAAGGUGGCGCAGCAGCAUGGGCGAUCAACGGACUCAUGCAGAGCAUCAACGACGGCAUCGUCGCUGGUAACCGCAACGCUGAUGACAUUUCUGAGGAGCUUCGCGCCUACAACCGAAUCGUGUACCCGAGCCGAUCGAUUCGCUACUCACGAGAACGCCUGCACGCUGGUCUUGUCACAUCGUUCGGAUUCGGUCAAGUCGGCGGUAUUGCCAUGAUCCUUCACGCUUCUCAUCUGUUCGGCAGGCUGGAUCGCGAAGCGUUCGAGCUGUACAAAGCUAGGCGCAAUAAGCGACAGCAGAUCACCUACCGACGCAUGCACUCACUUUUCAUCAAAGGUGACCUUGUCCGAAUCAAGGAAGAUGCACCGUACUCGCCCGAGGACGAAACAGCGGUGCUCCUCGACAUUGAUGCUCGCGCCGAGCUGUCAAGCGAAGGCUCUUACCGCAUCGUCCCCUCGAUCUAUGCUUAG